UAACUGUUAGCUAUAUGUGCAGCAAAGUUUUGAUAAGUGCAAUACUUACAAGCUCUGCUCUUGUCGUUCGCUGAGUCGUCACUGACACCGUUGAAUAAUGUUUUUAGCUAUCCUUCGAGCUCUACGCCAACAAUUUGGUCUGGGGGCAUUCUACAAUGGUCUCGUAAAGCUGUUUGUGAACGCCACGGAGUCAGGCAUGGUCCCAGACUUCGUGUUGCGCUUUGGCAUCCGCUACCUACUGAGCGUCCGCGUUGCCGAGGUGCCAAAGGACCUGGAAACGCGGCUGCGACGGACAAUUGAAUUUGUCGAAGAGCUAAAAGGAAUGCCAAUUGCCGUCAACACCUGCGAGGCGAACGAGCAACAUUACGAGAUCCCAACGCCGUACUACCUGCUCUGCCUGGGUAACCACCUCAAGUACAGCAGCUGCCUGUACCUGUCCCCUCGAGACACACUGGCGCAGGCGGAAUUCAACAUGCUCGAUAUGUACUGCCAGCGCGCGCAGCUGGCCCCCGGCCAGCGGGUUCUGGAGCUGGGAUGCGGCUGGGGCUCCUUCUCGCUCUUCGCUGCAGCGCGCUACCCCGCCUCCUCCUUCACCGCCGUGUCCAACUCCGCUACACAGAAGGCGUUCAUUGAUGAGGAAGCAUGCAAGCGCGGCAUCACUAACCUAACGGUCAUAACGGCCAACAUGGUCGACUUCGAGGCGCCGGGGGAGCCGUAUGACCGAGUGGUUUCGAUUGAGAUGUUUGAGCACAUGAAGAACUACCAGAAACUGCUUAAGAAGGUAUCUGGCUGGAUGCGGCCGGGCGGCAAGCUGUUCGUACACAUCUUCGUGCACCGCACCACUCCCUACCACUUCGAGGUCCAAUCGGAGGAAGACUGGAUGAGCAAGUACUUUUUCACGGGUGGCACCAUGCCCUCCCUGGACCUGCUGCUCUACUUCCAGGAUGACCUCACCAUCCGAAACCAAUGGUACGUCAACGGCCGGCACUACUCCCGUACACUCGAAGACUGGCUGGUACGGCACGACCGCAACCGCCGUGAGGUCCUCUCCAUCCUUGCGGGCGCCUACCGCGGCAGUGCCGACUCGGCCUCCGUGUGGUUCCACCGCUGGCGCAUCUUCUACCUCGCAUGCAGCGAGUUGUUCCGCUACAACGGCGGGGAGGAGUGGGGCGUCGCGCACUACCUCUUCGAGAAGCCGCAGCAGUAGCAGCAGAGGCGGGGAGGAGUGGGGCGUCGCGCACUACCUCUUCGAGAAGCCGCAGCAGUAGCAGAUGUUAUCGGUGCAACGCCGGAACCGACGGAGGAUCAACAGCAGCAACAGGACGUGAUUCCUCCCAGCAGCCGUGGCAACUUGGGCCGAGGGAUGGUGAAUGUAUGUUGUCGAAACUGGCCGCGAGUCGGAACGUACUAUACUAUAAAAAUUGUAGAGGAGGGGAGGCCGGUUGUUAGAGAGACAGAGAGCACUGAUAUGACCCACACGGUUUGCAAGCGAAGUCAUACGAGGAGUGACACACGUUUUUCAUUCACGUGCAUCGGAGGGAACUAAUACCGGUAUGUGUAGUGAGGGUUGCCUGUUGUCCGCAGAAGGAGGGGUCCACGGGCGGGUGCGAUGUGGAGGGCGAGUGUGUGUUAAAAUAACUGGCCGCGAGGCGAAACGUACUGUGAUUGCCGAAAGAUGAAGUGUGUGUGUGUGUGUGCUUAGUAAACAAGAGUACGGCAGGUGCGUGUGUUUAGGGUGAUCGUCGCUUGAACUGAAGCGAGGUGAGGCAAGACGUGGCGAGGCCAAGUGAAUCCAACCGAGGAGGGAAUGGAAGGGAAGCGAAGCGGAGCGAAACACCGUUGUAAGUGACGAGGUAGUGACGGAUAUGAGUGAAGAACUGUAGUAUGUGCCCUAGUAUGCGAACCCAAAGCAAGAUGGAAACGUCAUUACGCUAUCAUCAUGACCGAGGUAGUGGUUUUACCGUGAUGUACGGCAUGGCGUGCGUGUCGUGUCGUAAACCGCAGCACUGCCGUCGAAUGGCAGUACUGCCGUACUGCUGUAGCAGAUGUGUCCAUGUGCUGUGCCUGUAUAGGCGUAACAUGCAAUGAUGCUGUGUGCAGAGAGCUCUCAAGGGGUGUGCGUUAGAACCUUACUGCGAACUUGUGUGGCGUGAACGAGGAGUGGAACGUGGACGUCGUACCACGCCUCCAAAGAUAGCUGACCGUGACACCAUAACAGCGGAGGAACGCGAUCGUUCGUUUAUGGGACCCAUGGCUGGUGACAACGAGCAUUCUGAUGGUGCGGGUAUCUGAUGAUGUGACCCUCUAAUGAGCCCAAUGCACGCAUGUACGGCUGACAAACCGUUUACCGACACCGUUUAUUAAUGCGACACCGCUCUUCAACCGCUC